CCUAGGGAUUAUAUUAUCUUCUUUAUACUAUCGCAGGAUCAUUCAUUUACUUUAGUCUUGUAAUCGAGGUGUAAUUCUUCAUCCAGCCAGUCCAUCUUCGACCUUUAAACAUGAGGCUUAAUAUUUUAGUUUUUGGUUUGAGCCUUCUGAUCUUCUUCACCACCAAAUUAGAGGCGGCGAAUUUCGUUGACAUUAGCCAAGACGUGAGUGGUUGUGUUUUAAACUCUACUUAUUGGUUCAUGCCCCUCGGUACCUGGGAAUCCAAUAAAAUCAGUUGCUUGGCCGAAGACUUUGGUACUUCCAGGCUUGUGGUUGUUGAUGACCAAUUUGAAAACGAUUGUUUGGCAAAGUAUGUCAUGGAGCACUACACCCCGUCUACCUCGGUGAAAUACUCCAUUGGCUUAACAGAUAAGCAAUAUAAGGGAAUUUGGGAAUGGGAAAAUAGCGAUUACUCUACAGCUCAUUUUCAACAUUGGGCCCCUGGCAGCCCAACAACCAGCAAGGAAGAUUGUGCCUUUAUGUUUGCUGGUGAGACCGAAAGUAAAACUGGAUUUUGGGGAACCGUGGCAUGUUCAUCGACAACUGCUGGACUAUACGCCAUUUGCGAGAAGCCAAAUGACGAGGGAUUACAAUGGUUUUAACGACUUCAUACUGGAAGCAAAGGAUAUCUCAAUUUUGAAAACAAUGAAAUAAAUUGUAGAUGAUAUCAACAUAGACAA